CCUCCUUUGGUCAAGAUGGCGGCCUCUCAGAAAGCCAAGUCGGCGCAAAAGGCUGCUCUGGCUGGCGCCAGCAGCAAGCGCACCGUCAAGGUCCGCACUAGCGUCAACUUCCACCGACCAAAGACGCUCAAGCUGGCUCGCACCCCCAAGUAUGCCCGCCAGUCCCAGCAGAAGGAGCGCAAGUUGGACGAGUACACCGUUGUCCAGCACCCUCUGACGACCGAGUCGGCCAUGAAGAAGAUUGAGGACCACAACACCCUCGUCUUCAUUGUCGAUCGCCGCUCCAACAAGGGCUCGAUCAAGCAGGCCAUCGAGAAGCGUUACGGCAUCACCGUCGCCAAGGUCAACACCCUGGUGCGCCCUGAUGGCAAGAAGAAGGCCUACGUCCGCCUCAGCGCUGAUGCUGAUGCGCUCGAGGUUGCCAACAAGGGCUACUCCGUGCAAGAGAUCCCCAUUGACUUGAAGAACAAGCCUGAAUCCUUCCUCAAACUGACCAAGGCUGGGUCGGCUCCGGUCAUGCGCUGCGGUGAUCUCGUUCUCACCGACUCGGAAGACAUUGUCCAGUGGGUCGCCGCGCAGCAAGAGCAGCAGGCUCAAUCCAGCACCAUCAAGUCCAGCGAGAAAGCGAGUCAGGUCGGCGGCAGCCUCUUUCCGGCUGCCAAGAACUGGUUCAUGAACAAGGAUGAAGGCAAGGAGGCAGAGCUACGGGCUGAGUUUGAGAAGGCCUGUGCCGAGGUCGAGCAAUACCUUGAGGCUAACCAGACGCCCUUCUUGGAUGGCGAGGGCCCUUCGGCCGCUGACUGUGCCCUCCUGCCCAAGCUCUAUCAUGCCGUGACCAUCCUUGAGCAUCAAAAGCAGUAUCAAACCCCCGAACACAUGAAACUCCUCCGCGGUUACAUCGAGCGGGGUUUCAAGUGCCAGCCCUUUGAGGACACGACCUAUCCCACCGAGUACAUGAUUCAGCACUGGUCGGAGAAGCGGGAUCAGCAGUAGCUGCAAAUCAAACGUCGAUUGCUCCAGGGACCUGCUCGACCCUGGGCACCACGGCACGCUUGCCACAGUUGCGUAUGUGAAGCCUGUAAUUCAUGUCCAAAUGUC